GUACGGUGUUUGCACAUCCUCCGUGUAGUUUUCUCCGAGUCUGCAGUUUCGUCAUAUCCCCAAAGAGUGCAGGUUAAUUGAGCUCUGUAAAUUGUCCCUGCUGUAUAAGGAGUGGAUGCGAAAGUUAAAUAACAUAAAACUAGUGUGGUCGAUGGUCGGCGUGGACUCGGUUAAUCCGAAAUAUCUGUUUCCACGCUGUAUAUUUUAAUCAAAAGAAAGCAGGGGAGGCGAGAAUAUGUCACCGAUACCAGAGGGCGCGACAAAUAGAAGCUGCAACCCCGUGUCUCGCCGCCGGGGCGGGGAGAUGCAAAGACGCGGUUGUCUGGCGAUUGGCCACCGAGCGCCUGCAACAGCGGGCGAGCCGCACACGGCGGGGUUUAAACAUCGGUGAUACCCGCUGUAUCAGAUCCUUUCGUCUGAUGAAUGAUCCCUUCUUUCUGUUGCUGGGGGGGAAGAGAUCGGAAGAAAUCUUGGGAUCAAGCAGAAGCCAUUUCACCGCGUGAAUUACCAUAACCCAACAAUAGGCAUAGUGAAUUAAUUCACUGAAGAAAUGUUUCCAGCACUACCGCGAGGUUGCUGAAGAGGAAGAGUAACUCGGUGGAAAUCAAGUUGUUGAUCAUAGCUGUGAUUAUGCAUGUCCCGUCCGGCGAUUUUCGUCGCUGAUGUGAUUUGGGAGAGCGGGGAAAUUGUGCAUUCGGCAGGGAUGGGCGAACAGGAGCCGUUGCUGAGCCCGGCAGCGCUGUGUUCGCUCUUGCUCUGCUCCGCUCAGUUGGUGCUGGCUUACGCGCUGUCGCUGUAUUUCGGGCAGCGGCGGCCGCCACUGGACCGGGCGCUCCUCACCUGGCUAUUCUACGACUGCAUCACGCACUUUACUCUGGAAGGUCCAUUUGUUUACAUGUCCUUAACUGGGACUGUGGCUCAAUCGGAUAACGUUCUUGCUUUUCUGUGGAAAGAGUAUGGAAAAGCAGAUGCAAGGUGGCUUUAUUCCGAUCCUACCAUUGUGUCGUUAGAAAUCCUGACAGUAGUGCUGGAUGGGAUUUUAGCACUGGUACUUAUCAAUGCCAUUGUGAAGGAUAAAUUCUACAGGCACUUUGUGCAGAUAACGCUGUGUGUUUGUGAGCUGUAUGGGGGCUGGAUGACCUUCUGCCCUGACUGGCUCAAUGGAAGCCCAAACUUGAAUACCAGCAACUGGCUCUAUCUCUGGGUCUAUCUGACUUUCUUCAAUGGGAUCUGGCUGGUUGUGCCAGGACUGCUGCUCUGGCAGUCUUGGCUCAGUCUCAAGGAAAUGCACCAAAAGAAAAUUGAUGUCGAUAAAAAAUCAAACUAGAUGAUAAUUCUGCCAAAACAUCCAGGAGGAAGUGGAUCCUCUUGAUGUUGGAGGAAAAAAAGUUUGUAGAAUUGCUAAAAAAUAUUUGAUUUGUUUACAUUCAAUUUAUAGGGGCACGCCAGGAUAUGAAUAGCCCGACUUAUGAAACUCUGACUAUACACAAAUUCUCUCAUACAUUUUUCAAGCAUUUUCCAAGCUCGUGAUAAUAAAAUGUCUCAUAAUAUUAUGACAACUGCAUUUCGUUGUCUCUGUACUGUACACUGCACAAUGACAAUAAAGUUUGAAUCUGAAUCUGAAUCUGAUGUAGAUUAAUUAAACAUAAUUAAUCCAGGUGUUUAAUUAUGGCUCAUAAUUAAACACAUGGAAUAUAUACUUUAUAAAUCAGUGAAUACCAUGAAACAUUAUUAUUACUAGCAUGAAAAUAUGGAACAUAAAGGGGUGAUUAUUUAAUGAAAGACUUGUAUGUAAUGCAAUACAAUAUGGGGAGUUAUCGAAAAUGGACAUUUCUAAAUUAUGAAGAAAUUGAUUUCUGGAUAGUUCUCGGGAACGGAACCCUUGUGUAACUCGGAGACUGCCUGUAUAUUUAAUUUGGUUAGGAGUUGGUACAAAGUUCAAUUCGAUUACAUUCCAUCAUCCAAAAAAACAAUAUUUCCCUUUUAUUUAAUAUAAAUACUAGCUGCAUCCUGAGAAAUGAUUGACAGAUGCUACGAAUGGACCUGCAUUUAUAUAGACCUUUUGCAGUCCCUGAAUAUCCCAAAGCAAUUUACAGCCAACAGCAAUGAAAAGAGUGAACCGUUCGUAACCUGCAUCCUGAUUGCCACUCCCACAAAGCUUUGACAUUGUCUUCACACUUGACAUCUGUAGUGACCAUUCGUUUACAGAGGUGAUGAAGACCCUUCACUGCCAAGUAGCAAGUAUUGGAGUUCCCUAUUAAUGUUUCUACACUGUUGUAUUUUUAGUUAUCCCUUUGAUUUGAUUUUUUUUAAUGUUUGCUGUUUUCCCACACUGCAGCAUCUUUACUUAAAGAUUACUCAACUGGCUGCAGAGUGGAGCUAGGAAUGAUGCGAAGGGUGCUGUAUAAAUUAACAUUUUCUAUUUAAUUGCUAAAGCCACAAGGUUUAGUUGUGUUCUGUAAAACAUUAACUUUUUGGCUUAAUGAAGCAGAUUUUAUUGGGCUUAUUUCAUUAAAAGAUGUAAACUAAUUUGCUUUAUCUUGACAACCAUUUAAAUAUUUUUAAUGUUUAUGCUGUUCCUCAAUCUCUGGUGAAAUUUUAAAUCUAAAAUUAUUUAUUGCAUAUUUAAAGAUUUCACUUUGAUCAAUUUAGAGGGGUGCCUUAAUAACUAUCAAUGUUAUAGCAUGGAAUAGGUUGUCUGCUGCUGUAACAGUCUGUACAGUUAAACUUUUAGAGUAAAAAAAAGAGGCAAAAUGCUGGUGUAACUCAGCCUGUAUGGCAGCAUCUCUGGAGAACAUAGAUGACGUUUUUGGUUAGGACCUUUCUUCAGUCUGAAGAAGAAUCCCGACACGAAACAUCACCUAUCCAUGUUCUUCAGAAAUGCUGCCUGACCUGUUGAAUUACUUUGGCACCUUGUUUUUUGUAAACCAGCAUCUGCAGUUCCUUGUAUCGCCUCCAAAAUAUUUGAGUUUUUGUUAUACUUUGUACCUUCAAGGCUGUUACACUUAAAAGAAAACAUUUAAUUGCUUGAGCUAGUGUUCAGACAUUCUGAAUUACUGUUGGAAUUGCUACAUUGUGAACGGGGCAAAGUUUAUUAAAAUUAAGUGAUUUCACCACCCA